ACGUGUGCACCAGCCACAAUGUAGACGGCAAUGCGCUGCGCUGUUUGCUAGGGCAUUGAACAAGUGAAGAACCAUCGAGAAAACAUGUGUGGUGUAUAAUGAAAGCGAAAAUCCCGACGAAAAAAAAAUCCAAUUGAUUAAACCAAUCGGUUGCCGGGAAUUUUUCUAUGACAUUUCAAAUUGAUUACUGAGAUGCAUUAAAAUAACCUAACAAUUUUGAGUCAUUAUGGCAAUUUUAUUUCAGCAUUUUUUUAUUAACAAAACUAUUUUCCAAAACCGAUAACAUUUGAAAUUGCUGUUGGAGUGUGAACGCGCCGCAAUCGUUCCGCUUGACGUUUGUGCAAAAACAAACGAAGUUGUGAAAUGCACGUCGUUUUUGACUUGUACGAAUAGAUUCUUAUAUUUGACCGAGAAUUUAUCAUUCAAAAUGGAUCGUCUGAUCAAAAUCCCGCUGCAACAUCGCUGUCUUUUGGGAAUUCGAAAUGCCCAACGUAUUGUACAAAAGCGAAAUUUGGGUGAAGUGAGAUCGGUCAGCGGUAGUGGCAGUGCAAAAGGCGAAGAUCCAAAUCGGCCGAUCCUAUUUUUUGGAAGUGGAGCCGAGAAAAUCCGUGCCACACCAGUAGCUCCAGUCCGUACUGCAACAUACUCACCUUAUAUUGUGAACCUCAGUCUUGCCGUUUUUAUGUUUUAUUUCAUGUAUUUGCGCGAGGAGAAUGACAUCGAUGAACUGUUCAAACGAGAUUUGUACGAUCAUUUCGGCGAGGAAGCAUCCCGAUUAAAGAAAGCUUAUGAUUACAAUAUAAAACACAAUUUACCAACAAACGAAAUUGUGAAUCGAUUACGAGAAAUUGGCGCACCAGUUCCACCACAGAUGUAAUAGAGUUUGAAUGCCUAUGUUCUUAACGUUUAAUUCAAUAUUCAGAACAACAUCCAUUGUUAACCAAAAAUCUAUCUGAUGUUCCAAUUGGAUGGUCCUAUUUAUUAGCAUUAGAAUAAAGUAUAAAUGACAAAAAUCACACUUAAAA